UCUUGUGUCAAAAAGAAACUACUUCCAGGUUGUAUUUAGAAGUGAUGUUGUUGCGGAUUUUAUUUGGAGGGGCUCGGCUUGUAUUAGUCCCUCGUGGAGGCAGAGUGUCCCCUAGCCAGCAAUGUCUUCGGUGGUGCCGACCCCCACAAGCACGGACACAGCACAGUGCAGUGUCAGAAGUGGCUUCCCUCCCCAAAUUGGCAGUACCACCUAUCCCCAAUGCUGUGAGAGAUCGGACUGUAGGCCGCUGGCUCUUAAUCUGCAGUGGGACUGUGGCUGGAGCUGUGGUGCUGGGUGGAAUCACUAGACUGACAGAGUCUGGGCUUUCCAUGGUUGACUGGCACCUGGUACGGGAGAUGAAGCCUCCACAGACACAGCAAGAGUGGGAGGCAGAAUUCCAAAAGUACCAGCAAUUUCCGGAAUUUAAAAUCCUGAAUCAUGACAUGACACUGACAGAGUUCAAAUUCAUCUGGUACAUGGAAUAUUCACACCGUAUGUGGGGACGGCUGGUGGGGCUGGCUUACAUCAUCCCAGCAGCCUACUUCUGGAGGAAGGGCUACCUGAACCGGUCCCUGAGAAGUCGAGUCCUUGCUCUCUGUGGGCUAGUCUGCUUCCAGGGUCUGUUGGGCUGGUACAUGGUAAAAAGUGGACUAGAGGAAAAGACAGACAGUCAUGAUAUCCCUCGGGUCAGUCAGUAUCGUCUAGCUGCACACCUGGGCUCUGCACUUGUUCUUUACUGCUCCAGCCUUUGGACUGGGCUCUCAUUGCUGCUACCACAGCACAAGUUACCUGAAACCCUCCAACUUUUACGCUUGAGAAGGUUCACUUAUGGAACAGCAGGCCUUGUUUUCCUCACUGCCAUCUCAGGGGCCUUUGUGGCAGGAUUGGAUGCUGGCCUUGUAUAUAAUUCCUUCCCCAAGAUGGGGGAGCACUGGAUCCCUGAUGAUCUCCUUGCGUUUUCCCCUCGGCUAAAGAAUUUUUUUGAGAAUCCCACAACUGUGCAGUUCGAUCACAGAAUCCUGGGGAUCUUAUCUGUCACAGCUAUCACAGGUCUGUACCUGCUUUCCAGGAAGAUCCCUCUCCCACGCAGGACUCGGAUGGCAGUGACUUCCUUACUGGCUGUUGCAUACCUCCAGGUUGGCCUGGGUAUCAGCACACUACUCCUGUAUGUCCCAACUCCUUUAGCAGCUACUCAUCAGUCCGGGUCCUUGAUUCUGCUCAGCGUUGCUCUGUGGCUUAUUCAUGAACUUAGGAGGAUCCCUAAAUAGCUCUGCUCUCCCAGCCACGCCAUGUCUUUGGGCCUGAGGGCUCAGGGAUGCUUUCCUCACAACGUGCGCUGUGUUUGAGCCUCUUCCUGGAACCCCAGUUUGGUCAGAGAAGGAGAGUUCAGAGCAGAAAUUGGACUUCAUGAUCUAAGGCACUUUGGUGCAAAAAGUGCUUAACAUGGAUCUCCAUCUGUCCAGUUGUACCUGCCAUUUAGUCAGGAUGCAGAGGUGACAAAACUGCUUCUGUGUGUUGAAGAAUUAAGGAGGUCUUUACUGUGCCUCAGAUCCUGGUGCGCCAUUUGGUUGAGACUGCAUCCAAGAGCUAAUCUCUGUGGGUGUUUCUUUCCAGAAUUCUAUAGGGGAAUGAGGGAGCACUGAGUACAGUAGAGAUUAGUGUGUGGAUGAUGGCUGUAUUUAUGAAUCUUGUCAGCUGGAGUCUCUAGUUGGUGACCUUGAGUGGAGGUUUUUGAUAUUUAAGAUUGUAAUGCCCUAUGAACCCUUUUGAACAAUAAAAAUGU